AUCAUGGCUGCCAAAGAAGGACCGACCGGUGUUGAUCUGGAAUUAAGGAAGGCUUUUCAAGAGCUUCAAUCCAAGAUGAUUACAACUACUCAGCAACUGAAGAUAUCAGAUGCACAGAUAGAAACGUUAAAACGACAAAUAACACAUUCUAAAUUAGUGACUAAAGAAAUAGAAGCUCUACCAUCUGAGACUAGGGUAUAUCAAGGAGUUGGAAGAAUGUUCUUAUUGCAACCAAUUCCUCAAAUACAGAAAAAUCUAGAUUCUAAGAUAAAAGCAUCAGAAGAAAAAAUCAAAAGCAUUGAUACUAAUAAAGGCUAUUUAGAAAGAAGUAUCAAAGAAAGUGAAGAUAGUUUAAGAGAAUUGGUCUUAUCAAAGAAGGGGAGAUAACUGUGUAUAGACUAUUUACUUUGUGUAGCUACUAUGUUCUGUUUAUCGUCCUGUCCAUUAUUAAACUAAUGAAACCUUAAAUCAGAUGGUUGCUAAAAGGGUCACUGGGUUUUAAAAUGUAAAGGCUUCAUUGAAUUGAUCUGGUAUAAAGCAUUUAUAACUGCAUUGUGUUUCUGAUGUAGGCUAUAAUAAAAGGUUAUGUAAAUCAGGCAAAUGCAAUAUAGAUUGUCCUUGCCUCUGCUAGAUUUGACAAUUGUGAUGCUAAUUUUACAAAACAACUGCGAUAUUAUCCCUUUAAACUUUCACAGCUCCAUUAGAAGAAAGGGAUAGCUCCAUAGACAUAGACAUCUUCUCAGCCCUUCCCUGUCCUUAAGAAUUUCGUUGUUAAUUAAAAGAAUCUAAUCUGAUUUUCAUGAAAUUCUGUGUUCUAUACUAGGAUCUACUAGGACAAUUCAAAAAUUAUGUUCUACAAGACUAUUCAUCAUUGAGAUCUAUGUUGAACCUUCUUUGAGUACAACUGACAUAAUUUACCAGUACUUGUAUAUACUAGUAACAGAGUGUCGCUAGCAUUGCAGGACAUGUUUACUUUGAAAUAUUUUAUUUUACAUCUCGCAAUCCCCUCUGGAGAGUCCACUAUUAUCAUUUGGUUGGUAUAUUCAAUAUUUAAACAAAAAUUAGAAAAACCUCUUUAUGAUCCCUAUAAUUUUAGGAGCAAUAUAGUUAUACCUUGUUACCAUAAGAUAU